AUGGGCAGAGUGAAGUGGAAAAAGUUGGGAAGAGAGAAAAGGAAUAGCAGAUACGGUUUGACUGCAAAACUCAGUUUCUGUUGUUUGAAGAUGCAUUUGUUGACCAAUUUUUGCAGUGCUAAUACUGAUAAUUUUGUCAAUAGUGAUGGUGAUUUUGAUAGUAGUGGUGAGGAAGACGAAGACGAAGAUGAUGAUGAUGGUAUUUGA